UGGACUGCGCCGCCGCACGCUUAGACCUCCGUUGGCGCCCUACUCCCCGACCCGCUCUGCGUUCUCACCCCCUCCCCACCCGACGUCACCGCCGUUGCUUAGCGCCUGCGCCCUGGGUAACGUUCGGGAAACAGUAGCGCGCGCCUCGUUCACCUUAGCGUCGUUUGCUCAGUGAGGCUAGCGUCUUGUUCGCAUCGUGGUCGCUAUCGCCUUCACGUGCAGGCAGACGUAUCGCUGAGCUUGUGCCUACGGUCAGAGGGCCCACUGACCAAUAUGCAAGCCGGUGAACCCAUGUCGGGGCCAGCUCCGGUGCCCAAAGCCGAAGAAGCCCCGGGGGAGCCCAAGCCAGACCAAGAGCAGCCAAAGCCCGGCUUCGGGGCCGAGACCGAGACCGGGGCCAAGGCCCAGACCGGGGCCAAGGCCGAGACCGCGGCCGUAGCCGAGCCCGAGACCGAGGCCGAGCCCGAGGCCGAGACCGAGACCGAGGCGGAGGCGGAGACCGAGACCGAGACCGAGGCCGAGGCCAGAGCCGAGGCCGAGGCCAGUACCAAGGCCGAGGCCGAGGCCAGUACCAAGGCCGAGGCCGGUACCAAGGCCAAGGCCAAGACCGGUACCAAAGCCGAGUUCAAGAGUGGGGCCAGGCCCAAGCCCAGGGCCUGGGCCGGCAUCGAUACCGGGGCCAAGGGCGGAGCUAAGGCCAGGGCCGAGGCUAGAGCCAGAGUCGAGGCCCUGGCGGCCCGCAUGUUGCAGACCACAAGGCUCACCGCCCCUUCCUCCCAGCACCGAGCUAAGGUGGAGCAACCCAGCUGGGGUGGGCCCGGGCAGGGCCGUACCGGGAGGAGGCGUGAGAGCCGGCUGGUCCCCUCCAUUGACGGGGCCUUUAGAAUGGCUUUCCCUGGGGAGGAGAGUAUUCCCGGGGGCUGCUUCUCAUCUAGCUCUUCCUUUUGGGGCCAUCUCCUCAUGGAUCGCCCCCCCACUGGUGAGCAAAGCCCACCGGAGACCGCGGUUCCUGUCAGCGAUCCCAACACCAAAACCAGUGACAAACCAGACCUCUCUGAAGUGAAAACUUUUGACAAGAGAAAGCUGAGAAAGACCACCACGGUGGAGAAGAAUACUCUUCCUUCUAAGGAAACCAUCGAACAGGAGAAGGAACUUGACAAGUCUUCCUAGGGAUGGGGCGUCCCUUCCCAGCAACAGAAUCGAGUGCUUCCAGAGUUUAUUGUUUCGCCUUUAAAAGUCUUUCUUUGCUUAGUUGUUCAGUCUCUUAGGCUGCUUCCAUCUCUUUACCCUAUGUUACCCAAGCAUCCCUCAUCCUGUGCUUAUCUGAAGAAGGUGAUGAUUCACGAAAGGAAAAUAAAGAAAGGUGUUAACAGCAAAAGCGUUAACGAAGAAAGCUUGUGAAUGUUGCAGACCAUUUAUCAUAUAUUAGGCUUCUGCCUCAUUUCACCUCCUUCCCUCCCUCUCCCCACCCCUCUUCAUUUUCUGUAAAUUGCUUAUAGGGUAACUAGUGAAUUUUUCCUUGCCUUUACGAUUAUUACACUUUCUUCUAUACUUAAUAUGAUAUCUGGCAAGAAAUAAACGUUAUGUAUGCAUUGUGAUGGAAA